CUUCAAGCCCAGAGUUCUCUGCUCCAGGGACUCAGGUGACUCUGCGCUGCCUGUGUCCCCCCCCUCCCAUCUCGGGUGCCUGGAGGACCCGUGUCACCACAGAAGACAAAAAUGAUCUCAGUGACCUUUGAGGAUGUGGCUGUGAACUUCACCCAGGAGGAGUGGGCUUUGCUGGAUGCUUCCCAGAAGAACCUUUACAGAGAUGUGAUGCUGGAAGUCCUUAGAAACCUGGCUUCUAUAGGAAACAAAUGGAAUGAAAAGAACAUUGAAGAUGAGAUCAAAAAUUUUGAGAGCAUUCUAAGGUAA